GGCCGGGCCGGGGCGGAGCCGGGCCGAGGAGCCCGGCCGGGCUGCGGGGCCGAGACCGAGACCCCCGAGACCGAAGCCGAGCCCGAGCCCGGUGUCCGUGUGGGCUCGUCGAGUCCCGCUGUGCGCGGAUGGCCAGCACUCCUGGAAUUCAGAAAGCCAAACACUCAGAAAGUUCCCAAGGGAAGAAGUCCCAGCAUGCAGAAGAAGCCAUUUUUUACAUGAACUGCAGAGCAGCUUAUCUGACUGUCUUAAAAAGCAGCUUAGAAAAUAUUAAAUCAAAAGAGCAACUGAGUUUAGUGCUUCAGCAGGCUGGAAGAAAUCCUUCUCAGAAGACCAUUAAGAAAUACUGGACUUCACAAACAUCUUCACUGAAUUUUGAUGAUUUUUGUGCUAUUUUAAAAAAAGAAAAGCCAGCUACAAAAAAUGAACUGCUCGAAGCAUUUGGUAAAAUAGACACAGCUAAGACUGGAUAUAUUUCACAUGAUGAACUUUGUAAAAUUCUUACAACAAGAGGUGAUAAGAUGACCUGGGAGGAAGUGACCAGCAUUACUAAACAAGCUGAUUUUAACUGCAAUGGCAAACUUGACUACAACAAGUUCUGUGAGCUGUACCUGAGCACCAGGGAGCAGUGCUGCAAAGCUGCAAGGGACAGGCUGGAAACUGACCCUCGACUGAGGCAGCAGCACUUUGGGAAUCAAACUGAAAAUGUCCCUGAAGGGAUCACACUGCCAGGGUCAAAACCAUCCCCGAGGGUCUGCAGGAAAACUGAUCACAGACUGCCUAAAGGUGACAGCAGAACUCCUUCAAGACCUUCAUCAGCUCAAAGCAGCAAAGCUUCCACCUCCACCACUGUCACUGUGGGUGCCAGCAGCAGCAGGAACACAAAGCUAAUUAUUGAGCCUGACACAAUGAAGGAAUGGCAAUGUGCACAAUCCAAGGGCUGCUUCUACCUGGAGGAAAAUGGGGAAAUCAUCAGUCACAAGUACAGGCUGCACUUACCCCAGAGAUCUGCAGUUUGUGUCACCAUCAAACCUUUCAGAAUUCCCCAGGCAGAAGGAAAAUCUUGUCACUGGUUGUCAGUGGAUACAGCUUUGUUUAUUCUGAAGGAAAAUGAAACCCAAGACAAUUUACAGCUUGUGAGCUUUACUGAACUCCAGAACAAAGAGAUGUUUGGCUGGAGAGGGGAGCUUGGGUCUGGGCUUUACUGGCUGCUCCCUUUCACAACUGGCUGCAGGCUGAGGAAGGCAAAAACCCAAAUUACUGGAGAAGCCAAACUGGUGUGGAGGGAUGAAGAUGGAGAGCUGGCUCUCACCAACGAAUUCCGAGCUGCUUUGUUGGAUAUAUUUGAAACAAUUGAUUUGGAUGGGAAUGGCCUCCUGAGCCUGGAGGAGUACAACUUCUUUGAGCUGAGGACUAGUGGGGAGAAGUGUGACCAGGAAGCCUGGGCUGUGUGCAAGGAAAAUUUUGAGAUGAAGAAGAAUGAACUAACAAGACAAGGAUUCCUGGAUUUGAAUCUCAUGGAAGCCAACGACCGGGAUGGGGAUCCCUGGGACCUUUGGGUCACUUUGUUGUCCCUGGGCUACAACAAAGCCUUAGAAAUGACAGAGGCCUGCCCCUUUGUCAUUGAUGUCUGUGCAGAGAGGUGCAAGCCCAGAAUCAAAGCCAUUUCCCUGGAGGCAGGGGGCUCCCAGCUCAGCAGGGCUGUCUGCAGGUCUGUGGCUAACAAAGGAGAGGCCAAAGUGCUGCAUGGCUCUGAGAACAUCUUCAUCUACACCUACAGAUCAGGCAGCAGAAUCACCUCUGUGAUUGAAAACAAGUCUGAGAAUAAAGUGAUAAUUCAUGUCAACAAUGAGCAGAGUAAGAACUGCCUGAACAAUAGGGGACUGACAGUUUUUGCUGUGGAAGUGGCUCCAAAAUCCAUGAUGAUCGGGCGCCUGGUGAUCGGGCAGAACGGGAUCCUGUCCACGCCGGCCGUGUCCUGCAUCAUCCGCAAGAUCAAAGCCAUCGGGGGCAUCAUCCUCACGGCCAGCCACAACCCCGGCGGGCCCAGCGGCGACUUCGGCAUCAAAUUCAACAUUGCCAACGGAGGUCCUGCUCCUGAAGCCAUCACAGAUAAAAUUUUCCAAAUCAGCAAGAAAAUUGAGGAAUAUGCCAUCUGCCCAGAUCUCCAGGUGGACUUGGGCACCAUUGGGAAGCAGCAGUUUGACCUGGAGAACAAAUUUAAGCCAUUUACAGUGGAAAUUGUGGACUCUGUGGAAGCCUAUGCCAGCAUGCUGAGGAAUAUCUUUGACUUCAGUGCCUUGAAGGAGCUGCUCUCAGGGAAGAACCAGCUCAAGAUCCGCAUCGAUGCCAUGCACGGGGUUGUGGGCCCUUAUGUGAAGAAGAUCCUGUGCGAGGAGCUGGGAGCCCCAGCAAAUUCAGCUGUGAACUGCACCCCCCUGGAGGACUUUGGGGGCCACCACCCUGACCCCAACCUGACCUACGCUGCUGACCUGGUGCAGACCAUGAAGACAGGAGAGUACGACUUUGGAGCUGCCUUUGAUGGAGAUGGGGACCGUAACAUGAUUUUGGGCAAGCACGGCUUCUUCGUCAACCCCUCCGACUCGGUGGCCGUCAUCGCCGCCAACAUCUUCAGCAUCCCCUACUUCCAGCAGACCGGGGUGCGCGGCCUGGCCCGCAGCAUGCCCACCAGCGGGGCCCUUGGCAGGGUGGCCCAGGCCACAAAGAUUGCUUUGUAUGAGACUCCAACGGGCUGGAAGUUCUUUGGAAACCUGAUGGAUGCAAACAAACUGUCUCUGUGUGGAGAGGAAAGUUUUGGGACUGGCUCUGACCACAUCCGAGAGAAGGACGGGCUGUGGGCAGUGCUGGCCUGGCUCUCCAUCCUGGCCGCGCGCAAGCAGAGCGUGGAGGACAUCAUGAAGGACCACUGGCAGAAGUAUGGCAGGAACUUCUUCACCAGGUACGACUACGAGGAGGUGGAUGCAGAUGCUGCCAACAAAAUGAUGAAGGAUUUGGAGACGGUGAUGUUCGACCGCUCCUUCGUGGGGAAGCAGCUGUCGAGCGGGGACAAAGUCUACACGGUGGAGAAAGCCGACAACUUCGAGUACAACGACCCCGUGGAUGGCAGCGUCUCCAGGAACCAGGGCCUGCGGCUCAUCUUCUCCGACGGCUCCCGCAUCAUCUUCCGGCUGAGCGGCACCGGCAGCGCCGGGGCCACCGUGCGCCUCUACAUCGACAGCUACGAGAAGGAUGCUCAGAAGAUCAACCAAGACCCACAGGUGAUGCUGGCACCUCUCAUUUCCAUUGCACUGAAACUUUCCCAGCUCCACGAAAGGACCGGCCGCUCCGGGCCCACCGUCAUCACAUAGAGCCAGCCUGUGCUGCAGCGAGCACUGGGGCAGGCAGCCCAGCCCCUCCCCUGGCAAAUUGCCACUAAAAGAGGAAUAUUGAUUUUAUCCCUGUAUUUAAGAACACUGUUUUGCUGCUAAGGAUAGCCAAUAAACCCAAGCCCUCAGCA